AUAGAGGCACAAGAGGCAUAACAAGACCAGCUUCCAAUCGAGCACCGCCAACUUCGACGCAUGUGGCUCGCCCGAGUCAUCAUUCAGCCACAGGACCGGGAUCCCUUCUAGAGGUCCUUCAAACAAACAACGCAACCCAAUCAAUGAACAGAGGUUCCGCAUGGCGGGGAAGGGGCGUGAACGUGACUAAUGGGCCGAGCAGACCUAGCUACCAUGCCGUUCCACCACCGAGGAUUCUUACUGCGCGACGUGGAGGCCCUCCGCGCGGCCGGGGACAACAUGCAUAUCCUGUGGCGCAACAACUGCCAGGGGGGUUUCUUCCUGUGUCUGUAGAAGCUCGGUCAAAUGGCACAACUACCACACAUCCUCCCAGAGGGGGGUCUCCAGCACCACGCGGACGCGGCACAAGGGGAAGGCGAGGAUCCGCAGCUUAGAGGUUCCAAUCCACGCAAGGAAAAUGGUGUGUGUCCAAUAGAAGCAUUUUUAGACUGCAGCCAGUCUGGCUUAUUACAAAUAUGAGGUUUGUAUGGAGUGAAAUUCUUCAAGGAUCUGUGCUUUCUCUGCUUGCUGUAAUGGAGGAAGCUCAUUGUAUGUAAGAAUAGGUCUAUCUAUCAUGAAAGCUCAACUGCCGUUGACCUCUUC